GACUCCUCCCAUUGUUGAUCACCGAUCGAUCGCUACGCGUGCGGAGCUGAUGCACAAGCCAGAGCGGAGAAAGUAAUUAUCUGGCUAACAAUUGCUAGAGUAGAAGAAAGCAAUGGAGAGAUCAUUAUGUAACAUCAGUGUAGGAGACAAGGUGUACUUCUUGAGUUCCAGUAUCACAUCUGAACAGAAUGAUCCAGAGUUCAGAGUUACUCUCAUUGAAGCAAGCUGCCUGAAAGCAUGGAAAGGCACAUUUGGUGACAUACAGGAGAAUGCAAAGUGCAUUGACCUACAGGAAGAUGAAUUGGUUGAUCUUACACGUAAGGCGCUGACCAGACAGAACAUGGGUGAUAUUAACUUUGAGUACCAGGUCUCGUCAAAGAAAAAUAAAGUUGAGUUGUCAUGGAAGAAGGUGGUUUCAUCUGUCAAGUUUCAAGUAGGUAAGGUUUCGCUAGAUGCAGUGAGCUCGUCCCAAGAGACCAUCCAAGAUACCCUGCUUCAUUCCAUUGAGACCAUCACAGACUUGAAGGGCUCCAUCUAUAGGCUGGAAUCAGAGAAUGAUCGUCUUUCCAAUGAGAGGAAACAAGCUUUGACGAGACUAGAAAAGUGUGUAGUACAGAAAGAAGAGAUGGAAGGUGAUCUUUAUGGAAAGUUUGCAGUCAUAGUAAAUGAGAAGAAAGCAAAGAUAAGAGAGCUGAAGGAUAGACCCUUGGUAGCUGCUAGUAUCCAUGGUGACAGUGACAGUCAUAGAAGUGAAGCGAUGAAGCGUGACAGCGAUGAUGCAAUGGAUUUAGGAGAUGAUGAUACUGAUGAAGAGAGACAGAGAGAGGAAUCCUUACGGAAGAAGCAGAAGAAGACUACAGCGCCCUCUCAGACCAGAACAAAACGGUCAGAUGAUUCGGUUACAUUUGAUGAGGAGUUACCUGAAGACACAACCAGCAAAGCAAGGAGGAGAAGAAGAGAGCCAACGUCUAGAAAGACCGCUACGUCAGAGAAACCUGCCAUCCCUAAAGUGCCUUCUUCAGGGACUCCUUCAACAUCAAGGACACCCUCUAUGAGGAAAACUCCAUCGCGAGAGAAGAGUCAGACAGAGACUGAUAAUGUAGAUGAUCUCUUAGAUCAAUUCUGAACAAGAAACUGAAUAUAUUAAUAGAUACAACUCAUUAUUUGUAAAGAAAAGAUGGAGUUCUUGUAAAAAUGAGGGUUUUUUUCCCCUCUUUUUAUGGAGGGAGCUCAGUUUGAAAGAAUAUCAUAAAAGGUAUCUUUCUACAAAUGUCCCCUGAAAAUGAUAUCUCUUCACAUUCAAAUGACCUAAUAUUUAAAUAAGACAUGAAAUAGCUGAAAAUUCUGGACCAAACUUUUGUGGUACAUGUGUAAUUGUCCCAUAUACUCAUUUUUAUGUGCAGUGCAUGUGAUCUUUAUCAGUUUUAUAUCACAUUGCUCUUUUCAGACCCUUGCAAUAUACAUGUACAUAAACUCUUACAUGCUUUUUCAUAAUGUGAUCAAAUUUAAUGCACAAAUCUUUGUUAAGUGCCUCAUUUGAAAUGAUUUAUUUCACCUGUUAUGAAUAAUUGUAUUUCAAUUGAUGCUAUGUAGGACAAACAUUGUGGCUGGUCCUUACCUUACACAAAGUAAUACAUGCAAUUUGUUUGUAACAGGUGAAUGAAAUAAUUAGUAACGAUGUACAUGUACUUAACAACAAUUUGUGCAUUAAUUUGAUUACAGUACGAAAAUGGCCAUUCUAGUUGUUGGCAGGUUCUUUCGUAAUGUAAUCACAAGACCAGUACUCAGAUUUAUCUUUAAAGGAAAGAUUGUAGCAGGGAACCUUGAAAAGUGAUAUUGCAAUUAUCCAGCUAGUCUUGUUUCGUCUUGUUUGUAACCAUUUCACUUAAUCCAAAGUGGUCUUUAACUAUUAAUAAGGAACGAUCUAGUUUCUGUAAAUUCCAUGUAUUCCAUGUAUAUUUGUUGUCAUAGAAUCAUAUAUAAAAUAGUUUUGCCCUAUACCUAGAUACGCCACAGUCAUUUCUGGUAUUACUGUUACUCACUUUGGGAAAAUUAAAGCAGUAAAAGCAUGUUUUGAACAGUAAAAUAUGUACAAAACAUAUUUUUUGUUUAAUUAAUCAAAAACCCUGAAACCCUGAAACAAAUAUAUUUUCCCUUUAGUAAUUUCCAUGUCCUCUAUAUUUGUUGUCGUAAAUAUGAUCAAAUAGAGUGGGGCCAGCAAAAUGACUGUGUUUUAAUGAGAGUUUUGUAUAGCAGUGUUCAUUAUAAUACAUGUAGUAGUGGAAGGGAAGUCAUAGUCUGUCGAGUGAGUAAUACAUGUAUUAGCGAGGAAAUGUCCUUGAGCCAGGUAUUCUUAUUCUACCUACAUUGCUACUCUCCUCUUAGGUGUUGAAUGGGUACCCGGUACGAUGCAAAUGUCAUUGUAGUUGGAUUAGCAUGUGCACUCAUGUAAAAAUGCAACUAGCCGUAAUGCUCCUCAGGGAGUGGAGAAUGUGUACUGUAAUGUACAGAAUAGUAAUGAUCUCAGUGACAAAGUAAGAAUAAUACUCAAAGCGCUUUGGUAAAUUAAUGGUAAAGCACUUUGUAAAGAAACUACAUGUAAUAGUAAACACUCAUCAAAAAACUUGGUUCCCAAAAGACUUUUUAAUAUAACUCAAGAAUUUUUGGUCAAAUUUGAUCAUUUAGGAAGUAAUGUAAGCAGGAUUUUCCUUCUAAGGUUUCGAGUAACUAUUUCUACUUGAUUGAUAAUGGUUUCAUUAUAAAAUUAUAUUUUUUUGCAUGCUCAAAAGAGUAUUUUAAAAAUCGUGUAAAUAGCCAUAUACCACAAGCUGAAUUUCGGCUACGUGUGGUUGACGAAAUACUCAUCAUUCAUGUCCCCUUUAAUUACUAGAACAUAUAUAAAUAAGUAUAAAGACCCUUGUACACACAGAUUGAUCAUGACACUUUUUGUAUGCACCUUUGCAGCUGUGGAAGUGUGUCAUUCAAUGUGAUGAUGUUGAUAAAGGUGCCCCAUAAAAUAAUGCUCUUUGAGAUAACAGUUACUUCAUCAUACAAUCAAUUGCAGUUCAUUUUCUUUGUAGCUGAUUUGUCAAACAUUUUUGUAAAUGUUAGUAAAGAAGUUUAUAUCAAUAAAGAGUUUUUUAUACG